UUUUUUGGUAAAAAUCUGACCUGACGUGUUCAGAUCAUUUUUUUCAGUGGGAGAAGGUAAUUUCCGACUUUCUGUCGUGUCUUGAACGCAGCAUCAAUAUCCCGCAGCAGCAGGUGAAAGUUUCAGUUCUGAUUCUCUGACCUGAGAUCAGCCGCGAAAUGAACCAAACUCCAAGUUACAGUCAAUGAGAAACAAUCAACCGCUGGUCUGUCUGUCUGUCUGUCUCUCUCUCUCUCUCUCUCUCUCUCUCUGUCUCUCUCUCUCUCUCUCUCUCUGUCUGUCUGCCCGGUUCAGGUUCUGUUUGUUCAUGAUCUUUACAUCAAGCACCAAACUGUGAAGCUGUUUUUACGGACUGUAUUCGCAGUAAUGAACGCAUCAUUCAUUACCAACUGUUUUGAAUGUGAAAACUUCGUCGUGUUUUAUUCUGGAGGGGUCUCUGGUUUCCGGUUACAUCAGUUUUAUUUGUGUGUUGCUGAUCAGCGGUCCUCAGUCUGGCUCUGUGUUUAUGGACCCGGUCUGGACCCGGUCUGGUCUCUGGGUAAAGUCCCGCUCCUCCGCCGCUCACUUCUUACAGUGUGGAGAGUAUUUAACGGCGGCGCGGCGGCGCGCGGCGUCAGAGCGGCUGAACCCUCAGGUCUGAGUCCACAAAGGGAGCAGAGAGGACCUGGACCAGGACCUCCAGGACCAGAACCGGCAGCGCUCCACAGUAUUUAACUUCUCUGUGCCGCGCGGUGCCGCUGCUGCGGCAGAGGAUGGAGCAGAGAGCGGCGGUCAAGCUCCUCCGCCGCGCCUCGGCGCGUCUCCUCAGGACGCGUCUCCUCCCGCAGCUGCAGUCCGAGUCCGGGUCCGGCAGCAUGUGAAGUCCCGCGACCUUCACCUGGUUCACUUUCUCCGCUGAGAGCUUCACGCGCCGCUGCGCGCGUAAAAACCCCGCGGAUCACUUUUACGCACAGACAGCUGGAGCAGCGCGCGACCGAAGUCCCGACAUGUUCUCCGAGGUGAGCGACCUGAACCAGACCUGGAACCUGAGCGAGCCGCUGGACUCCCCUGACCAGGACUGGAGCGACGCGCCGCAGGAGCGGCUGUCGCGCAGCGGUCACCGCGUGGUGUCGGUGUUCCUGGGCUCCAUCAUGGUGUUCGGCUUCCUCAACAACCUGCUGGUCCUGGUCCUGUUCUGCAGGUUCAAGACUCUGCGGACUCCCGUCAACAUGCUGCUGCUCAACAUCAGCGUCAGCGACAUGUUGGUCUGCGUCUGCGGCACCACGCUCAGCUUCGCGUCCAGCCUGCGGAGCCGCUGGAUGUACGGCCGCCACGGCUGCAUGUGGUACGGCUUCAUCAACUCCUGCUUCGGUAUCGUGUCUCUGAUCUCCCUCUCCGUCUUGUCCUACGACCGCUACAGCACCCUGAUGGUGUGCAACAAGCGAGUCCCAGACUACCGGCGGCCCCUGCUGGCAGUGGGGGGGUCAUGGCUGUACUCAGUGGUGUGGACGGUGCCCCCCCUGCUGGGCUGGAGCAGCUACGGCCUGGAGGGGGCGGGGACCAGCUGCUCGGUGACGUGGACAGAGCGGUCGUCGCGCUCACACUCCUACAUCGUCUGCCUGUUCGUCUUCUGCCUCGGCCUCCCCGUCCUUGUCAUGGUCUACUGCUACGGACGCCUGCUCUACGCCGUCAAACAGGUGGGUCGUAUCCGGCGGACGGCGGCCCGGCGCAGAGAGUUCCACAUCCUCUUCAUGGUCGUCACCACGGUGGUGUGUUACCUGCUCUGCUGGAUGCCGUACGGCGUCGUCGCCAUGAUGGCCACCUUCGGCCGGCCGGGUCUCAUCAGCCCCGUUGCCAGCGUCGUCCCGUCGAUCCUCGCCAAGAGCAGCACCGUCAUCAACCCUGUCAUCUACAUCCUCAUGAACAAACAGUUCUAUCGCUGCUUCCUGAUCCUGUUCCACUGUAAACACCACCUGACCGACACCGGACAAACCUCCAUGCCCUCAAAAACCACCAUGGUCCAGCUCAACCGCAGAGUCUGUGACGGCAGCCCCGCCGCCGCCGCCACCACACUGCCGCUCACCGUGCCCUGCCCCGUGGAGCUGGAGGGAACCAGCGCCGUGGUGUCAGACAAAACAGACCCAGCUGAACCAGCAGAGUCCUCCCCCUGAGUCCUCUGAGGACCAGAAACCUGACUAAAACUGGCUCAGACGGAGGGUGGAGGGGGCGUGGCCAAGAGGAUGCCCCGCCCCCCCUCCGUGGUGUCAUGUGUCACAGUAGCUCCGCCUCCUGGAAACAUGUCACUGAUGUGUGCUUGAUGUCGCCCCCAUGUGUUGGUGAAGUGUCGUAACGCCCGAAAACCUCAGAGGUCAUCAGAGCCGAGGUACGGAGUCACAGGAGUGUCAGUAUUUACAGUCUGAACCAGGAGGUCACGUACCUGCUCACACCUGUCUGACACACCUGUACCUCUGCGCUGAUGACCCUGUAUGAAGGGGGGCUGUCUGAGUAAAAUGUGAAUAUUUUUCUAUGGUCUCUGGUUUGUUGAACGUUUGUGUGGAGUUGUUGUAAAAUGGAUUAAAGUUCUGUGAGCUGCUCAAACUCUGACUCUUAUUUAUAUCACAAACAUCUAUUAAAUCUAAUUUUAUAAUAAUUUAAAAUUCAAAUGUAAAUUAUGUCUCAAUUUUAAAAAUUCAUUUUAGUUUUUACUUUUCUCUAUUUAAUAUAUUUAACAAUGUUUUUUGUUGUUCUUGGUCUUCCAUAACUGGUAGUUUCUAAAGUAAAUUUUAGAGUUUUUCUCUGU